AUGGAGGACGAGCAGCCCGCGGCCGCACCGAUCGUCGGCGAGGAGCUGCCCGGCGAGGCCGAGCUCCAGCUCGAGGUGGGGCAGGAGCCCGCGGCUCUGGAGGAGCUGGGGGCAGCGCCGAGCCCGGCCCGGGGCGCCGUCAUCAUGUCCCGCGGCCUGCGGACGCGCGACGGCGACUCGCUGCUCGUGCGGUUUGUGAACCACGAGGGGUGGCUGGAAGCGCGGGCCUUGGACUGCUCGGGUGGAAAGGUCGGGCGCGUCGUGCUGUGCGGCAUUGCGGACGACGACGCCGCGGCGCAGCGGCGCCUCUGCGAGGAGCUCGCGCCUCGAUUGAUCGUGCGGGACGGGACGUUGGCGCUGGGCGACGCGCCGCGGCCGGCGGACGAGGGCAGCGUGGCGGACAGCGUCCAGCUCGCCGAGGCGCCGGCGCCCGCGCCGCUCGUCGAAGCGCCGGCGCCGGCGCUCAACGCCGCCGCGCCGGCGCCCGCUCCAUCAGCGGCCGAGGCGCCCGUGCCGGCGGCCGAGGCGCCGGCGCCCGCGGCGCCCGAGGAGCCUGAGGCACCGGCGGCGCCCGCGGAGCAGCCGGUCGAGGCGCCCCCGACCCCGCCAAGGCUCUCCGUGCGCUUCAAGGAGACGGUCACGUUCCAGAGCGCCCGCUUCGGCGCCAUCGACGCCGUCGACGGCGCGCACGCCGGCGCGGCCAACGCCUUCGGAUUUGAAUCAAAAGAAUACGACGACGAGGACCCGACAUCGCCAGCAGCACUGGUGCGGCGCGCGGCGGCGGCCGCGACGGUGGCUGAUUUAGCUAUGAUGCGCGCCAGCAUCGCACUAACACGUGCAAAGGAGGCUUCCAGCGGCGCGAACCUCGCGCACCACCGCGACAACCGGAGCAUGUGGACGGGCCUCGUCGCGACGGCGUCGGCCAAGGCGAAGUGGAAGGCUCUUAGUAAACGCAAGAGCCGCGUGACGGCGCUGCCGCCGGCUCGAAGCUACGACACGACGCCUACCAUGAGACGGCGCCAGCGCGACCGGGAAGCGAUGAAGAGAUGGUGGGCCGCCGACGCGCCGCCCUGGGAGCGCGACGUCACGGCGGCGCUCGCGGUGCGGACCGCACCGGCGCCGCUCAUGAGGGUGCCGCGGCCCGCGUCGGCCGCCGUCGACAUCGGCGCGAUCGCGGCCGCCGCCGUGCCGCGCCUCCGGCCGAAAACGGCGCCGGUGCCGCGCCAGGUCGUUUCGCGACGGCCGGCGCCGCGGAAACCGGCGCCGGCGCCAGAUGGCGCCUGGCCCCUGCCUCACUUACUACGGCCGCGCGUCGCGCGGCACCGCGAGGCGAUGGAGUCCAUGCGGCGGACGUAUCGGUGCCCCUAA